UAGCAGCUUACAGUUCGCGUUGCACAACGCAUGAACGAACUGGUCGCCAAAGAGCAGCGCUUCUCAUCGCCUGCAGAUUUUGCCCGGUGGUGUGAAAAUGUUUUGGUGUUGGAAAAGGAAGCGGAAGAUGAAGAGACUACAGAGCUCCUCAAGACUUGUUCUCAAGCAGAAUUGCAAUCUCGAGGGAUCGCUGUUUUGAAACUUCGAGUUGCUGAGCAAUCUACGGCUUUGUAUGGCAGAGCUUGUAUCACGCUGGAACGAAUUUCAGGUGAUCUUCCUGCUCACAAAAUCAGCCAUGGUGACAUUGUUGGUUUCUUUGACCAAAACUCCCGGCCCCUUGCCAAUGCUCAUCCGCUGGCAUCGGCCGUAGUGACCCGAAUUAAGUCUUCAACAAUCCAAGUCGCCUUCGAUGGAGACGUGCCGAUCGAGGUGUUGGAUGGGCGACCGCUGAACAUUGCUUUGGUGUCAUCUGAUGUCACGCUCAAACGGUAUCGUGAAGCUUUAGACCUCCUGAAAAGUGGGAGUCGAACAAGUCCAGCUUCCCGGUUGGUUGAUGUGUGUUUUGGAGAGGCACAUCCACGUUUCUACGAGAAGAAGACGGAAGACUGCGCCCGCGCAGAUGCCAUCGAUUGUACUUUUUUGUCUGAAUCCAGCCAGAAGCUCAAUGAACCACAACAAUCUGCUGUUAUCAAGUCCCUUUGUGCUGGUGAUGUGGCCAUCAUCCAUGGUCCUCCUGGCACCGGCAAGACAACCACCUUGGUGUCUUAUAUUUUGGAAGCGGUCUACCGAAAGCAACGUCUUUUGGUGACAGCACCUUCGAACGUCGCGGUGGACAAUCUUCUGGAACGGCUGGCGGACGCUGGGUGUCGCUCUCUAGUAAGACUUGGACAUCCCGCAAGGGUACAGGAAAGCAUUCACAAAUUUACCAUGGACAAUGUGGUGUAUGGUUCCGAGCAAGCGGAACUUUGCCGAGACAUAAAGAAGGAGAUCGAUGACAUCGUCAAAAAGAACACCUCAAAAUCGAAGAAACCAUCACAAGGUGAAAAAUCCUGGGGUGCACUGAAGGAGCUUCGCACAGAAUUACGGCAGCGUGAGAGACGUGCAGUUGCUGAAGUGCUGAAGCACACGCAGGUGGUCUUCGCGACCUGUACCGGUGCGGCCACAUUGCACCGCGAGUUGCGCCGGAGCGGUGUGGACUCGGGUGGAGCGGUCUUCGAUGUGGUGGUCAUCGACGAGGCCGCACAGGCCUUGGAGGUGGGCUGCUGGAUUCCUCUUAUGCUAGGAAAGAAGGCCGUCCUGGCAGGUGACCACCAGCAACUGUCGGCUUGCGUCAAGUCAACGUCUGCACAGCAGCAGGGUCUUGAUGAGACUCUUUUUGGACGUUUGAUCGACACCUAUGGCGACGAAGUGGCCGCUUUGUUGUCCAUUCAGUACCGGUCCAAUGAAAUCAUCAUGGGAUGGUCAUCGCGUUCGUUUUAUGAGUCCAAGCUACAAGCUGCAUCAUCCGUGGCUCACCAAACCCUUAGCCUUCAAGAAGUCCCUGCAGCGAAUAUCACACCUGAGAUUCUGGACAUUUUAACAGCCCCGAUGCUGUUUGUGGACACAGGCAGCCUGGCCAUGUACCGGGAGGAUGGAGAACUGUCGCAGUCCGACCUCCAUCAAUCUCGGUGCAACCCAGGAGAGUCUCGCUUCGUUCUACACUAUGCAAAAGUCUUGGUCAAGGCAGGGCUGAAGCCGUCAGCCAUCACGGUGAUCACGCCCUACAAUCGACAAGUUGAGCAACUGCGAUGUGACUUUGCCGAAGAUCCUGAAGCUGAACAGCUACAGCUGUCACCUCGUGUCAGCACGGUGGACUCCUUCCAGGGUCAAGAAGCGGAUGCCGUGUUGAUCUCUCUGGUUCGCUCCAAUCAGCAUGGUGUGGUCGGCUUCUUGUCUGACUUCCGCCGGCUCAAUGUGGCUGUGACACGUGCUCGGAAGCACGUGAUGAUUGUGGGCGAUGCCAGUACCAUUUCCAAGGACAACAUCCUCAGCUCCUUGUACGAAUACGCUUGUGACUCUGGACGCGUUGCCUUUGUCCAACAGCUCUUGGAUGAGGAUGGUGGGGUUCCAGCAGAUCCAGCCACUGCGCAAGUGAUUCAGGAAGAGCGGCUGAGAGCAAUGGCCCAAAAAGCUGGAGCGAUGAAAGAGAAGAGAGAUGACAAGAUGGAGCGAGAAGAGCAACUGCGACGCCGCUUCGAGAAUCAACUGCGGCCUUUGACGGAGUCCGGGAAGGCUACAUCGAAGGAGGAGAAAUCCUUCAUCGAAUUGCCUAAGACGUUAAAUCCCUUCGAAAGAGCCAUGGCACAUGAAGUGGCCAAAUCUCUGGGCCUCCAGCACGAAUCCAUAGGCGAAGGCAUGCAACGUCGUUUGGUGGUGUGGAAGGGUGAGAAGCCCGAGCUGCUGAAGCAGACGGAAGCAGCGCCCCAUGUGACGGAGGAGAUGGAGACCGCCAUCGACGCUUUUGAGCGGAGAGCCAAGAGUCUUAUGUCCUCCCUAGGUCCUGGGAAAGCGGCUGAGUGGAAGAAUCCCAGUGAGGAGGAGGCAGAGCUGCUGAAGCGCCUUGCUGGUGAACUGAAAUUGAGGGUGGUCGAAGAUGAGAGCAAGAAGUCGCGCCGCUUUCAGGUGCAGGCCCCUUCAGCUGAAGCAGCACCAACCGCAGAAUCCCAGAAGAUCUCCAGCAACAAGGAGAAUCAGCCCGCUCCUGCAGCUGCUCCUGCAGCAUCAUCGAUGUUGGCCAAUCUCCAUGCAGAGAGGCUGCAAAGACAGCAAGCUCAAGCAGAUAAGAGAGCAACAGAGUUGCAGAAAACUCAGAAUGAAUUGAAGCAAGCAAAGAAGGCAGCAAAGAAAGAGAAAGGAGCAAAACCUCAAGCUGACGACGACGACCUGGAUGCAGUGCUUUUGGAGUUUACCACCCAGGAACGAACAUGCUCCUUCGCCAGUUGCAAGGAAAAGAUUAACACCCUGAUGGAUGCGAUCUCCAAAUGCCGGUACUGCAAUUUGCGCUUCUGCUUGAAUCACGCUCAGGCAGAAGUACAUGGAUGCGGAGAACAGGCACAUCGAGCCGAGCAAAAGAAGUGGAAAGACACCUGCAACGCAGCGAGUUCGAGGGGCAGCGGUCUCGUGAACAAGUCUGCCGGAAAGGAUGGACGAGGUGCUUUGGUCAACAAACUGCAAGAGAAGGCUAAGAAAUUUCCCACACCACCCGCCCUGGAGUUGCGACUCUGGGGCGGCUAGGCUAGGCGCGCGCCGCUCGUGCCAGAGUCCGGAGUGAAGAAUGCCUGGUGAGUGUUUCAAUCCUUUGUGCAGGGAGGGUAUUGUUUUCCAACUAAUGGGCUCGCGAAGAGCUUCUCGCGAAUGAGAACCCUUUCUUUGGGCCACUGGUUGAAGAAGCAUCCUGACCCUUUUCUGUCAAACUUGAUGACCUAGCUCGAUGACCCCACGCCUUUUCGAGCUAGAAAAAGCUCUGCGUCCUACACUCAGGCGACUGAACAAUCGAGAACUCGUUCGAGAGUCGUGUGUUUGAAAGUGGGGUGUCUUCUUCACGUCCUGAUGUGCUUGCUUUUUGUAACUUGCAGGUCUUCCCAUUAGCGAUAGGCUAUUUUCCAAGACUUUUCAUUCUGCAGAGCAGGUGAAAGAGCAGGAAGCUGGAAGAACUGCCAAGAAGAAGGACAAGAAGUGAGCGAAGAAGUUGAGGCUCCCGCGCAGGUCAGGCACACGACCUCGCUGCGGAUGUGGAGCAACGUGUACAUAUCUCAGGGAGCGCACCCUGCUUGGACAGAAAAGCACUCAGUGCUCCGCAGUUUUCUUUCAU